GCAAAUCUUUUUCAAUGGCCAAAAGAGAAGAAGGAGCUAUUGUGAAAAAAGGUCAAGAAGGUCUCAAAUUGGCAAUUUCACUCUAUGAAGAGUUUGGGCUUCCAUUAGGGCUUUUGCCUCUUGAGGAUGUAAUUGAAGUGGGCUUCAUUCGGAGCUCCGGAUAUAUGUGGAUUCUCCAACAAAAGAAAGUGGAGCACAAAUUCAAGAUGAUAGGCAAGCUUGUUAGCUAUGAUAGUGAAGUCACUUGUUAUAUUGAGCCCAAAAGAAUCAAGAACCUCAAAGGAGUGAAGGCUAAAGAGUUUAUAUUUUGGACACCAUGCGGUGAGAUCUUUGUUGAUCAUCCUCCCACCGGAAAAAUUAAGUUCAAGGCCAUCGGCGGUCUCACAGUGGCGUUUCCGGUAGAGGCUUUUGCCCUUGCUUUUGAUUUUUUACCUGCUUUACUUUGGAUUUUUAUGAUAUCACUGUCAUCACUUGCAUCACUAGAUGAGUUGGAUGAUGAAGAAGAUGAGUAUGAUGCCCAAUUUGAUGAAGAUGAUGAUAAUACAAUUUUACGUUUGCCUUUAUGA